AUGGCGACGCGCGCCGUGCUCACGACCUUUGAGAAGUACCAGAAGGAGCGCGUGGCCUUCGUGUCCACUGUGGCGGAGAUGGCGCGCAGCCCUCAGAACAUCGAGGCGCUGACCCAGGCGGGCGCCCUGGCCCUGCUGCGCCCCCUGCUGCUGGACAACGUACCCAGCAUACAGCAGUCCGCCGCCCUGGCGCUGGGCCGCCUGGCGAGCUACAGCGACGACCUGGCCGAGGCGGUGGUCCAGAACGAGAUCCUGCCCCAGCUGGUGUACUCGCUGGCGGAGCAGAACCGGUUUUACAAGAAGUCCGCCGCGUUCUGCCUCCGGUCUGUGGCCAAGCAUUCGCCGGAGCUGGCCCAGGCGGUGAUUGACAGCGGCGCGCUGGACCCCCUGGUGACCUGCCUGGAGGAAUUCGACCCGGGGGUGAAGGAGGCGUCGGCGUGGACGCUGGGAUACGCGGCGGGGCACAACGCGGACUUGGCGCAGCAGGUGGUGGACGCCGGCGCGGUGCCGCUGCUGGUGUUGUGCAUCCAGGAGCCCGAGCUGUCCCUGAAGCGCAUCGCGGCCUCCGCGCUGAGCGACGUCGCCAAGCACACGCCGGAGCUGGCCCAGUCGGUGGUGGACGCCGGCGCCGUGGCCUACCUCAGCCCCCUGGUGGUCAACCAGGACGCCAAGGUCAAGCGCCAGGUGUGCUGCUGCCUGGCCCACAUCGCCAAGCACUCGGUCGACCUCGCGGAGGUGGUCGUGGAGGCGGAGGUCUUCCCGAAGAUCCUGACCUGCCUCAAGUUCCCGGACGAGCUGGUGCGGAAGCACGCGGCCACGGUCAUAAGGGAGGUAGCCAAGCAUACGCCGGAGCUAGCCCAGCUGGUGGUCAGCAACGGCAGCGUAGGCGCUCUCGUGGACUACAUAUCCGAGAGCCAGGGAAACUACCGCCUGCCCGGCGUCAUGGCCGUGGGCUACAUCGCCGCCUUCAGCGAAACGCUGGCGCUCAGCGUGAUCGCGGAGAAGGGCCUGGGCCCUCUGGUCCAGGCCAUCCGGCUGGAGCCGGAGGACCACAUACGCAGCGCGGCGGCCUGGGCGGUGGGGCAGGUGGGGCGCCACACCACCGACCACGCCAAGGCGGUGUCCGACACGGGGGUGCUCAUGGACCUCGUGGACAUGGAGGCGUCGCCCGACAGCAGCGAGGACUUGAAGACGAAGUGCCGGAGGGCGCUGAAGUCGGUGGUGGGCAAGCUGACGUGCUUGCCCGCGCUGGACGCGCUGGUGCACAAGAACGUGCCCGAGGGGGUGAUGAUGAUGGUGCUGGAGCAGGUGGGGAAGGUGCUGGGCACGGACCCCGCGGGGAGGUCGCAGUUCGUGCACUCCGGCGGCCUGGCCAUCGUGCAGCAGAUGGGCGAGAACCCGGGCAGCAGGCUGAGGGAGGCCGUCGACGUCAUCAACACCAACUACCCGGAGGAGAUCGUCAUGUACUACAGCCCCAGCUACUCGAAGCAGCUGCUCGAGAAGCUGGAUGGCACCGCCACGCAGGCUGUGGCGGGCUGA